AUGGCAGUUGAGUUCGUUAGCAACUCUAGCGCUCAACAUGAGCUCCCACAAACAUGGCCUACUGGGCCCUCCAAUUUCGAAGGGAUCCUACCAAGCGCCCUUGUCGGCUGGUCCACUUGGCAAUAUAUUGUGACUUUUUUGCUGGGAGUGGUGGUUUACGACCAAGUCAUGUAUAUCAAGCGCAAAGGCUCUAUUGCUGGGCCUUCAUUUAAGAUUCCCCUUAUCGGCCCCUUUCUCCAGGCCCUUGACCCAAAGUUUGAAGAGUACCUUGCGCAAUGGGCGAGCGGGCCCCUCAGCUGCGUGUCCGUGUUCCACAAAUUUGUUGUCCUUGCCUCCGACCGAGAUAUCGCACACAAGGUGUUCAAGUCCCCUUCGUACGCCGAGCCCUGCAUAGUGCCUCUUGCUAAAGACAUCCUGGGACGCACAAAUUGGGUUUUUCUGCAAGGCAAAGCCCAUACUGAAUAUCGGAGAGGGUUGACACCUCUGUUCACCAACAGAGCCUUGGCAACCUACUUCCCCAUCCAAGAGAAAGUAUUCACCCAUUACUUUGACAAGUUCGUCACCGCUAGCAAAGAAAAUGGCAAUCAACCAAUGGCUUUCAUGACCAUGUUUCGUGAGAUCAAUUGUGCGAUCUCAUGCCGUACUUUCUUUGGAGAUUAUAUCUCCCAAGACGCAGUUAAAAAGAUUGCCGAUGACUUUUACCAUGCCACGGCCGCCCUCGAGUUAGUAAACGUCCCUCUGUCGAUUUACAUCCCCUUCACAAAGCCAUGGAAAGGAAAACGGAUAUCCGAUGCAGUCCGCGUCGAGUUCGCCAAGUGCGCAGCGAGAUGUAAGGAGAAUAUGGCAGCCGGAGCAGCCCCAACCUGUAUCGUGGAUCAUUGGGUAUUGCAUAUGAUGGAGUCGAAAAAGUACUAUGAGAAAAUUGCCGCGGGCGAAACAGACGCUGCAAAGCCCACAAACCUAGUCCGAGAGUUCACAAACGAAGAGAUCAGCGAGACCUUGUUCAGCUUCCUCUUCGCCUCACAGGAUGCCUCAAGCAGUGCGACAACCUGGCUUUUCCAGAUCCUCGCCCAACGACCCGAUGUACUCAAUCGUCUUCGCGAGGAGAACCUCGCUGCCCGCGAUGGUGAUAAGAGCAAGCCUUGUGAUCUCGCUAUGUUGGAAUCGCUUACCUACACCAGCGCCGUUAUCAAAGAACUCCUCCGCCAUAGACCACCGGUUAUCUUCGUUCCUUACCUGGCUAAGAAGAACUUCCCUAUUACGCCGGAUUAUACUGUUCCAAAGGGAUCUAUGGUCAUUCCAUCUUGUUACCCGGCUCUGCAUGAUCCCGAAGCAUACCCAGAGCCGGAAGUCUUUGACCCUGAGCGCUGGAUCACGGGGGAUGCCGAGUCCAAAACGAAGAAUUGGCUCGUCUUUGGAGCGGGAGCACAUGACUGCCUUGCGAGGAGAUAUGUGCCCCUAUCCAUGGCGGCGAUGAUUGGUAAGGCUGCAAUGGAACUUGACUGGACGCACCAUGCCACGGAUAAAUCGGAGGAAAUCAGAGUGUUUGCGACGCUUUUCCCGAUGGAUGGGGCUCAGUUGGUCUUCACUAAGCGCUCUUAA